AUGAAUGGUGGUCCAGACAAUCGUGGUCGUGGUAAUAGAGGUCGAGGACGCUUACGCAACCGAACGACUCGCAAAAACGUCGAACAAAGGCGCAAGACCGGGAGUAGAACUAGAUCAAAGUCGAGAUCCAGAACUAAUUUGCAAUUGAGAUCGAAGUCGAGAUCCAGAUCUAGAUCCAGGUCGAUGCCCAGAUCGAGGUCCACGUCGUUUUCAAUGUUCAGAUCGCGCGUGCCUCUGUCCUCGACAAUGUGCAAUAUUAAUGAGAUACAGCAACAGCAUCAACGACGACCACAACCGCUUCCAACUUCUAGUAGCGGACAAGCCAGCAGGAGCAUUUGCAAUCAGAAUAGAAAUCGAUCUCAAUUACCACCACUGAAUUUUCCACAUCCAAUGAUUGACGACCUGGCCAUUAAAUCAGCAGAAACGUCGAACCAAGGCGCAAGACCAGGAGGAGUAGAACUACUAGAUCAAAUUCGAAAUCCAGAACGAACGAAUAGUUAUGCAACACAACCGCCUCAGGCGAAUCGCCAUAAUGCUUACAUUGAAUCUCCAGAAUAUUAUCCUCCUCCAUCCCAGGAGGUGAUGAUGAUGAGCCCAAAUAUUCCGCCGAUGAAUAGCAAUCGGUACAAUAACGGUCCGCCGAUGAUGGUUGAUGUACGACCUACGAUGAGAGGCGGCAAUUACCGUGGCAAUUUGGAUCGUGGCCGUCGUAAUAGAGAUCGAGGACGCUCACGCGACCGAAGAACUCGCGAAAAUGUCGAACGAAGGCGCAGGAGUAGAACUAGAUCAAGGUCGAGGUCCACAUUGAGGUCCACGUCGUUUUCAAUGUUCAGAUCGUGCGUGCUUCUGUCGUCGACCAUGCAAAUGCAGACGACAUUGACAUUGACAGAACAUCAAAAUCGGCAAAAUCAAACACGCCAAAACGCUUACAUUGAACAACCAAGUAUGGCAGCUCCACCAACACCGCCAAACACUAUGUACAAUCCACCUCCACCUGGGCCACCACUUCCUUCAAUGCCGUACCCAAAUAUGCCGCCGAUAAAUAGCAAUCGAUACAAUAACACGGUCCGCCGAUGA